GACCUUCCACGGGACACGCGGGUCUGCACCGCGCAUGUUUGCGUGAAGCUGAGUGUGUGAUGUAACACGGUCACACGGGGGGUUAAUUGUGAGUGUAUUUUGAGUUCUUUUUUAGUGAAUCUAUUAAACUGUGGAGGGUGUAUUUGUUUAUUUUAUCGGUUUGUCCGGAUUUAUUCAGAGGGGAGGCGGAUUUCAGCACCGGAGCUGUCCGCCCGGAUGAUGCUGAAGCGACGAUGCUGAGCUCGAGCUGCUGAAUAUCUCUCUCUCUCUCUCUCUCUCUCUCUCUCUCUCUCUCUCUCUCUCUCUCUCUCCUUCCUCUCUCCUCUCCUCUCCUCUCCUCCUCCACACGCACAAAACGCUCUGUCAUGGCGUCUUCCAACCAUGUUACCCCCACCAACUGUAGCUGGUGGCCCAUCUCAGCCAUGGAUGAAGACGGCAAAAUCACAGACGGGGAGGAGUGCGAGGAACCGAGCACGGAGCCCAAACCCUUCAACAAAGACAGGCUGGUUUUGUACCACUGGACGCAGUCUUUCACCUCCCAAAAGGUAAGAGGGGGGAGAACAAACACAGAGAGAGAGGGAGAGAGCAGAGCAGGAGGCUGAAAAUGGAGGUGGCUCCACGUCUCUCUCUCUGCAUGAUGUGAUGCUGGAGCAUGGGUGUUUGUUUGUUAUGAUCGGAGCAUGUCUGUUGUUGUGGUGUGCAUGUUUCCCCGUGCACAGACCUCCGGAAUAUGAAUCUGAUCCUGCAGCUGGGCAGAUCUGCUGUAUGAGGCGUUCAGGAGCGCUGCAGCAUGGGGCUCAUUCCCUCGAUAUUUACCCGGAUUUGUGGUCAAUAUUCUGCUGCCUGUCAUUCCUCUCCGCAUAAAUCAUAUUUUAUCUAUCACCACCUUUCACCUUUUAUUGCCACAUCUGAUCUCCUGUGUGGUUACUACCUUUAUGUGCUCUGGAACAUGACAUCCUAAAUAAUUGAUUAAAAUGAUGAGCAAAACAAACCAAAGGCCAUCUUCUGCCUCCUCUCUGCAGCUGAUCCCUGCCAUAUGUUGGUAUUUUAUGGCUCCUUGAAGUCUACCUUUGAUUAUCUUGGCAAGCGUUCACCUGUGCCUCUCCUGUUCAGUACGCAUGUGUCAUAAAAAUGUUCACUUUUAACUAGAAAGCCAUUAAAAACAACAAGAAUUCAGCAAUAAGAACGCUUUAUAGGCUAAUGUGUGACUAAAAAGCAUAUUCAACAUAUUACAGGAGGGCUACACGGUCCAAUCAGUUAACUUUUCACCUAGAGCACAGCUGUACGGAAGCCCAGAGCGGCCAAACGUACUGUAAUGUGUUAGCUAAUUAUUUGACUGAUUAUUUCAUGGAAACAAAAUGCUGACUUCCAGACAAGAACAUUCAUAAAAUGGACAUAUCCCCUGGCUAGUUUAGGCUUUUAGAUUUGUUUGUAAAAUUAUCACGUUUGAAUAAUUAUCGGCUAGGUUUUUAAUAGUAUGUGGCAGAAAUCUUUUUGUAAAAAUUAUUAUUUUAGAGACUUGAUGAGAAUAAUAAAUCAAAUGAUCUUUCUCAGGGCUUAACACAAAUUGUUUUCACAAGGAGUGAAGUAAGUAGCUCACAAAGAACUUUAGAGAAAAUUGAUCAAAUAAUGUUUGUCUUAUUAGUCGACAUAAGUGCUAUUAUUUGAAAUCAAUUUUAGUUUUUUUUGGUCACAUGACAUGGAAGCUAUGGAAGAAAAUGUUCAAAAUUUGCCUUUAAAUUUAACACAAACUGUUUUUAGAGGACAGAUUAGUGAAAUAAAGAGGUGUAUCUUAUUGUCUGAUCUCAGUACUAUUAUUUGAAAUCAAUUUUAGGUCGAUUGGUCACAUGACUUGGAGCUUUUGAAAGAAAAAAGUCUUUUUUGAGAACAUCAAUCAGUAAUUUAUUGACGGUCCCUUAUUCAACACCCGAUGUUGACAGUGAGGGUGUCGAGUAGAUUUAACCGCGCUGAUGUUGUUGUCCCGAUUAUGGAGAGUGAGAAGACACCGGUAGAUCCUCAGUGAAUGUCCGUCAGAUAUCCAACCUAAAACUAACUUCGCUGCAAAAAAAUAUUUGUUGCCUUGACUGAUUUUUUUAUGUGCACAUGUCACCCUAAAUACAUUUUACAAUUCGCACUCAUCUAUUUUUAGUCGCAAAUGUGAGUGAAACGGUCUCACUGUCGAGCCCUGCCUUUCCUGAACUUGUUUAUGAAAGCGAAAACAAACUGCAGUUCCCUCUGUGUCCACUUGAGGCUGUCUCGAAAAGUGAGGAAUCCUCAUUAUGUCCCUUUCAUUUACAGUAAAAUUAAACAUCUUUACAAAUUGGUGCAAAAAAAUGUCCCGGUCCAUACAGCAAAGGCAUCUCUAGACUUUUUCGUGAUGACGCAGACUCGUACAAGGACACUAUGAAAUACUUAUGUUGGCAAACCAAGAUGCAACCUCAGGCUUUGAGAAAUGAAACCAUUGCAGUGCGAGGAGUUUUGCAUUAUCGGGGGAACAGCUGAGUUCACUGGCACACUGUAACAGUUAGCCAGGAGGCUAAAUACCUGCCUCAAUAUGCCGAUCAAGUUAAUUUAGCAUCAAAAUGUCUCCAUAGAAACCCAUCAGCAACAUCAUUGGGACUAGAUCCAUGUUUGGUCCGGUCUUUGGGGUUCUUGCUGGCAGUAAAGACUCGUCACUGUGUUUGAUCGUUCACACAGACUCCGAACACAACAAGCAGCCAACAGAUGUGACUCUGGGGUGUUUUUGAUGGAUAAGUGUCAAAGCAUGUCACCGUCUGCACUGAUAAAUACACUCACUCUUCUGACAGGUAGUUAUGAUUGAUGGUGUUUGUUAGAAAGUCACCCAAAAGGACAAAAAUGAGGAGGGUGAUGAUACUAGAUUGAAAAUGAGAAAAGUUAAAGGUGGUGUAGUCAGGAUCUGAGUUAGUCCAGUUUUUAGGAGAAAUCUUGAAUGUAAACUCGACCCCUCCCAACCAGUUUUCCCCUCAGCUCCUCCUCUCCCCUCAAGCCCCGCCCACAAACAGACGCUCCUGCUCCUCGUAUCGUUCCAGUUAAAUUCAGAUAUAAUGCAGAUAAAUACUUCAGAUCAUUACAAAUGGGGCCCAGUCAAGGUGAAAGUCAAAAGCAUUGGUGCUACUGUAGAUGCCAACAGACUACCAGCAAACACAAUGUUUGCAGGACUUCUACAACGAGGAUAAAGUGACAUAGUCCAGGACCCGAGGGAGGACAGUUUAGCGAUGGCGCUACAACACGCUACAGCAGGUCCGUUUGACAAGAAACACUUCUGUUACAGACACUUGUCUUACUUUGUUAAAGCGGUUUACCUGUCCAGCAGAAAGGUUACAGGGUCACCAAGAUCCCCAAGCGUCCCCCAUCGUUUAUGUUGACCCGGCUUUGUAGCUCUUGUCCGGUCUACCUCCGUUUUAAGCGCCCGUUAUUCCUCCAGAGUCUCCGGUAUUUACUUUGUUUUCUUGCUUGUGUCGGCAGUCGUGGCCAAAGGAGGAUUCAGACAAUUUUCCGAACUUUCUGGUUGGUUUCUACUGUCCGAUAUUGUAGCACGCUAACUUUGUUGUUUGUGAACGUUAUUGAAGGACGUGGAGCACACCUCACAACAUGGGGGAGCGGAUUCCUGCCGAGCCCACCUUUAAGAUCAAACUUAAAAGUGUAAUAUCACAAAGUUUGGACGCAGUUGUCUCCAUCUGGUGAUGUGAAAGUUAAAGUUGUUGUCAUAAAACUUUUGUGGCUUCGAUCAAACAUGUGAGCUUGUUUUUAUUUAGCCUCCUGCUCUCUUUGUCAUUGACAAUCUGAGCACAAAGCGUAUCUAGCUAACCAAGUAGAAUCGGACAGGUGAAAGCUUGAUCUCUGAUUGGAGCACAGAGUAAAAAGGGGCGGCACUUUGUAAAAGCUAAUACGCUGAAAAAUCAAUUUUAAAAGGAUCAUUAGCUGGUGUGAGUUUGACUCUUCCUGCUCUUUGAUAUCACGCUCCAUAUUAUAGGAUUAGUUGAAUAUUCCUCUCAUGAGAAGUGGCUGAAAGCGUCCUCUAUCCUCGCACAUUUCCCAGCUCUCGCUCUGCCUCUAUGAACUGAAGGUUGAUGUUUGGUUUGAUUUCUCUGCUUCAGAUCGACAACCUUGAGUCGAUGCUCAGCUUGAGGUCGCUGUGUGUCGCGUCUAAAAGGCCUCAUUGUUGGCUCGCAGCCACUCCAGUCUGAGCUGCUGCUGAUUGUGGCGGUUGUCACUCAGCAGAGGGUGAACGCCGGGUUCACUGUCACCAUUAUCUUCAAUCCUAGAGCCGGUGCAUCUGUAGUCACUCCAUCAUCGUGUCAGGGAACAGCGUGCAUAUUCGGAGCAAUGCACAGAGCUUUAACAUGCACGGCAAUCCCAUUUGAUUUAUUCUGUAACAAUGGUGUAACACUUUUUUGUUACGCAAGCUGCUGCUGCUGCUGCGUGCUGUAAAUGGCAGAGAGCGGAUUGCUUUCAUGAGAUUAGGAGGCCGAGCGUUAGGUUGUCCACUCUGACAGAAUUGAACCGAACGCUUUUGUGACUCGAUACAAAACAAACUCUCGCUCCACGGCUGGUCACGAUGAACACGAAGCGUCUCUGUAGCACCUUGACAGACGGUGUUAUAUUUAGUAGAUCUUGUGUAACUUGAAAACUUGAAAUCACUUCUCUCUCUGCAGACGGUAUCAUCAACGGGAUUAUUUACACGUCUGCGUCUACGCCUGAGCACUUUCACGAGCAAAGAGAGAAGCUCCUUCCCUUUGUGUUUAUAAGACUUCGCUUUCAUCGCCUGAAGUGGGUCAUACAGUACAGUCAUAUAAUUCAAGUGAGUGAUGCAGUGUGAACACAGGAGGGAUGAAAAAGAUAGAGACAUAUGGAGCUUGAUGCUUUGGACUAACUGCAUGUUUAGAGGCCGGCUUCACAAAUCAAUACGACUCUGGCAAACUCAGGGCCUGCAGGUUGGAGAUUUACACUUUCGAUUGGCUCGCUGUGACAGUGUAACUCGGCUGUUUCUGUCUGUGCAGGGGGGGGCAGUGUGUCACCAUGUUAACAAGUAUGUGAAUGAGCGUCAUGAGGUAGUUUCAAGGUGAGCCACAAGUGAGGAAUCAGGAGUUAGUGCAUGGUGGAGGAAAUACUUAGAAGUGUUGGUCGGUGAAAAGUGAAAAACAAUCUAAAUCGAAUCACUGCUGACUCUGAUAAAGCCAAGAGGGAUCUCAGCUAUCACUCUGUAUGAUAAUCAGUCAAGUUCUCUACAGAAUAUAGAAGUAUUAGGCACAAAUUAAAGAUUUUUUUUAAGAUCUAGAGAAAAAAACUGCUGUGAUUCAAAAAGAUGAACUCUUAAAGGGAUAUUAAUCCAGGCGUAAGAUUAAGUUAGGGUCAAACACACCCUAGCACCGAGUUAGACAACCGCUCCAGAGAUGAAUGUUGCCGACCGCUUACUUCUCUAGUUAUACCAACUUUAGUAACGACCGCAGGAUAGCAAUACAGAGAGCCACGCCCCCAACCAAAACGCCACUCUAUAGCCACAAAUAAUGCUCAGAACAGCACCUAACUUCAUCAACAGGACAUAUAGGGUCACAGACAUAGUACUAGACACCAAACAUCUUUUUAACUUUGACUCAUUUCUUUAGCAAAGAGACUAAACACAACUCACCUACUCUCUUCCAGCAGCCGCUUGUUUGUAGCGAGACCUUAGGCCAGUCCAUCGACUACAGCGGGGUGACGCAGCUCAAGGAAGAACAUUUAUGAUCAUUUCUUUAUCAUUUCCUUGAAGUAAUAAUCACCAUAUUAAUCAUUUUCACUGCAGACGUGGUAGUUCUUCUGCUUUAGCGUCUCAGUCUGAUUGUAUUUCCAUAAAGAAAUGAUCAUAAAUGUUCUUCCUUGAGUUGUGAAACCCCACAGCAGUCUGUAAUGGACUGGCCUGAGGUCUCACAACAAACAAGCGGCUGUUGGAAGAGAGUCACUCUGUCACUCUGACGAUUUAGAGAGAAAAACUGCUGUGGUAUAAGAAGAUCAAGUCUUAAUACACAUAAUCUCACAGUAAAGUUGGAGUUUUGGUCUCUGGUGACCAAAAUGAGGGAUGUGGGGCCUCUUGUUAAAUUGUUCCUAAUGUUUUGGCCCCUCAGCUCCACAUUGUUAUAGGAAUCAGGACUCUGAAAAGACAGUGUUAGAAGCUCAGUAUAGAGGGGUACCAAAAGCUCAGCUAUGACAGCACUACUGUGGUGAAAACAUUCACCCUCUGCAUGGCGCAGAGCUGUCUGAGAAUUACCCGCCAAAUUUGGCGUUUGGCGUUCGGAGGGUGUUCAUUUGUUUUGUUUUUGCUGGUAACUCUGCAGGUCAGUAGCGAUUGAGCGCCGACUCCUGUAGCUUCUCAUAUUCUCUGUUCUCAGUGCGGUAAUCAUUUUGCAGAUGUCCCGCUGUCUUUAACAGUUCCUGACAAAAGUCUGCAGAUUGGUAUCUUUUGGGCAUCGUCCAACUUCUUGAAGCUAAACCGCCUCAAUAUUAUUUCACGCACUGUUGAAGUAACAAGUAAGAUGUAAUCUCAGAUGAUAAAAACCUCCACAAGAGAGAAAAAUGAUCAACAACGGACGUGAUGAAUCUACAAAGACACAAAACAACAACAGAGAUUUAGAGCUCAGUUAGAGAAAUUCAAAACAAACAAAAAGAGACAAAACUUUGUGUUUGCGUCAUUUUCCGUAUUUGUGUCUCAUGAUAUAUCACAGUAUAAAGUUAUAUAGAAGUUAUGAUGACCGGCCUUUGAUAUAAUUUAAUCAGAGGAUAUUUUCAGUUCUUUGUUCAGUAUUUAUGAGCGACAGGAGAGGAAUAAAAACUGAAUGAAUUUGCUUUUUUCUCUCUUUCUCCAAUCUCAAGGAGCUGCGACAAACCAGACGUUUUAUUAACCGGAAACUACUCGAAUCAUGACAUUCAUAAAGAGAAGUUUGGUGGUUGUUAAAUGUAUGUGUGAUAGUGGUUUUGUUGAGAAUCAGGAGCUGUGGGGAAUUAAAUGCAGCAAAUGUCCAGUCAGCUACAAAUCAGAACAUGAAGUUGCUGCUCGGGGCGUUGGCGGCCAUCUGCCGUGUGCCUCCACCACUCGGCUCUCAGGUCGUCUCUUUAUGAGCUUUUUCUGAAAACCUCAGGGCCUGUGUCCAUUUUUGCACUGGUGGUGCUUUUAUUUUGUCAACUCAAACCAGCUGAUGCAGAGUAUUUAUGCUGCGUUCCAGUUACCUCAGAAGUCAGAAGUCCGAGCUGGGAAUGACAUUACACACUCGAGUUACCAGUGCAAGUUAUUGGAAAGCAAAAUCAGAGGCAGAAACAAGAAGACUACAUCUACGAAAGUUAUUUUAGCACUUGCACCAAGGAGCGCCACAGGAAAUCUUUCCUGCCGGUGGUCAUCAGACUUUUUAACUCCUCCCUCAGAGACUCUGACAUCAUCAGCCAGUAAUCUUUACCUGGACUCUGCUUACUGUUUAAAUGCAUACUAUUUUACUAUUUUUUGUUGUAUAUAGCGUACAUGCUUAUAAAUUAUCUCUUUAUUUUCACUUAUUUUUCUUAUUUUAUCUGUUCUUUCUACUUCAUUUGCACUGGAGUCACUGCAGCAAAGAGCCAUUUCCCCCUGAGGAUUAUUAACGUAUUUCUGAUUCAGAUUCUGAUUGUCCGAAUAUCAGCAAGCACAAAGCAAGCGCUAAAAUAACUUUCAUAACUUUUCCUCUGAUUUUGCUUUUUUCCGACUUGGUAACUGAAACACAGGUAACUCGGGUGUGGCCUCAUUCCCAGCUCGGAUAUCUGACUUCUGAGGAAACUUGAACGCAGCAUUAGAGUUCAGACUAGGACUGGGCGAUUAUACGAUCAUGAUAAAUGAUCGUGAUAAAUUUCAGUUCGAUCACGGUGAUCAAACUUGGCGAAAAUGUGCAUCACAACAGUCAAUCAGAGUCGAGCUUUUCCUGCUCACUUCUCUGGAAAAGUAAACAGAGUAACUGAUCAUGAGGGCAGUAAAAUAGAUGUCCCCCAUGACUUUGAGUCAUCCUCCAAAGAUGUUAUUAUUGAGAAGAAAAGUUAUUUAACGUCUUAUUUAGUAUUUAUCUAUUUAUUUUUUAGUUUUAAGUACAGAUGCUUUAAAACUAUCACUUAAAAAAAAUCGGGAUAAUUUUCGAGAUCGGACAAUAUGACAAAGUAUAUCGUGAUCAUCUUUUUGGCCAAAUCGCCCAGGCCUAGUUCAGACUCCACUUGGUAGAAUAAAGUUUAACUUUUGAAACACUUAAGUGUCACCUCUUCAUCACUGGUCAAUAAAUGUUUUUAAAAAAGGGGGCGGGACUUCUGAUAAGGGCUUGUCAUUGGUGGACACAGGCCCUUAAACUGUUAACUGACUUGUAUCAUAAUAUGUGUCUGAAAUGUAAAGGAGUAGAGGAGAGAACGUAGAAGUAAAUGAACCUAGAGAGUGUUGAGUAGUUUCAUCUGUAGCAGACUUCAUAUUGUUUAGUGUGAGGACUUUAUUUGUGCCGCUCCAGCAGCUGAACCACUUGGCAUCAUUACUGAGGAGUGACUAACAUUAUUAUAUAACAUACAGCAGUGAGAGUGUGUUAUUGUGGGCGUCACUGAGGGAGACCUCAGCUGUGCUCGACUGGGACUGAGUUAUUUGACUGUUUUAUACAUAAAUCUGUGGUUUAGUGAGGAAAAGAGCAAAGCUGCUGGAAAUGUGAAGCUCUUUUUUCAGAGAUUUGCUCCCCUCUGUCCUCGACUGUGGUCAGUCUGUGUCUCACUAAAUCAUUCAGUUGUAUUUCAUAAAGCCAUGCCCGGUCAUGUUCAGCAAAACUCCCAAUUUGCUUCUCCUCCUUAAGCGGCCGAAUGUAGUGCUUUACAGCCCAGGUGUCAUCUCCUUUCAUUAAUCUCGUUCGCACUAAUAGCUCUCUGUGGACCUUGGCUUAUCCUUCAUCCUGCAAGCAAAGCAGCCGGGAAGGUUUUCUGGCCAACCUUCAGCAUGCUAAGCAGCGUCGUAUUAUUUUGGAGGAAAAAGCAAAAAUAUCACAUGAUUAUUAAUGAACCUGAUUUUCCAGGAGGCCCUGAUGAAAAUGAACAAACUAAUAUUCGCAGUGCUAUUUUUUUAUCUUUUUAAAAUGAUUCAUCCUGCCCGUCUGGUAAUUUACCAUCUGUGUUAAGAUGUUCGGAGACAAAUAUUCUCGGGUCUUUGUGAAACGAGCCAAAUGUACUUUAUAAGCGUGAAUAAUUGUGUUCUUCACGUCUGCUUACUCUUGUUUUGAAGCUCUUCAGAUUGUUUUUAAAACCUGUUUCAUCCUAAAUGUGAUCCUGAUCUUGUUUCCGACUGAUUUGAUCUGUUUCUGCUCUGCUCAGGGACUCUGUCGUUUUGCUUCAUGACAGUAAAGACUCAUCCCUCGUCUCCAAGGUUCAGACGGUUUAUAUCAAAUGAUGAUUUUUUACCGUGUCGCCCUUUGCAGCAAAAAGAAGACCGAGUGUUUAAUUCGUGCUUUUACCGUCUCCUCUUUCCUGCUCAUUUCAUGCUGCAUAUUCUUCUGAUUGCAGGUACGUCUAGUCAUAAACGAGAAGGGUCUGGUCUGCGAGGAGCGGGAUGUGAGCUUGCCGCUGCAGGAGCACAAGGAGCCCUGGUUCAUGAGGCUGAACCUGGGAGAGGAGGUGCCCGUCUUUCUUCACGGGGACACCAUCAUCAGUGACUACAACCAGAUUAUAGAUUAUCUGGAGAAAAACUUUGUGGGAGGUAAGAUGCAGUCGUGACGUGGAAUCUCCUCUUUCUGUUUCUAUAAUUCAAUCUUUGGUUUGAAAAGCAGAGACGGACAAACUGCUGCAGGUCCUCGGGGCAAAGAUUAGCUGAUCAAACCACAUUUAUCCCGUUCAUUUCCAUUCAGUUCCUCCUGCUGCAGAUCGAACAGAUCAUUCAGUGUCUUAGAUUUAACGUCAGGACUUAGAUGUCUCUCAUAUUUUCUCACUCGUGAUCACGACAUCCUCUCUGUCGUCAUCCUCGUUGUGUCCUUCAGACUCACUCCUGCUCUCCUCUCUCCACCUGUGGCUUCAUGAUAGUUUGUCCUGCUGUUGCAUGACGUGUUAAAGAUAUUGGUCCACCAUCAGUGUUGUGCUAGUUACAGAAAAAAAGUAAUGUGUUACUGAGAAAGCAACUAUUUAGUUUCUGUAAAACGUUCUUCCAACAUCUGCGAUUUUUGCCGUACACUGAUUCCCACUGGAUCUGUUUGUGAGGUGAAUUUUGUGGCGGAUUACGGACAUCAGGAAUCACUAGAACUCACAAGAAUCCACAGAUUGACGUGCAAUUGUGCGAUAACAAGUUGUCUUUAGCCACAUAGACUAACCGUGUAAGCAGUAGAUUGUGUCCUUCCAGAGGAGGAAAUCUACUUCUUGACUUCUAGAAUCAGCAUCUUCUCAUCCAUGGUGUCAUCGGGGUGAAAUGACGUCUAAAAACCUUUCACUUGUUCAUCUCCGCCCGUUUGCGUGGUGUGAAAUACGAUCCUCCUGAAACACGGAGUGUUUUAUUUUGAAAAGAAGCCGGAUGUUUUAUUUUGUGUCUGUGCCCGACUUCCUUUCCAGCACGGGUUAAUCUGUGCUGAAUUUAUCCGCCAUGCUCCGGCGUCCAGAAAAAAUAGAACUCUUGCGAUCAGCUGAGGAGUCCGGCGAUCCACAGAGAAACGGAAAGAAGCCGGUGGAAAUCGCCACCGUGCCGUUCCCUGACCUGUCCAGUCCUCUUCAUGGCGCAUGUUUGAUUACGUGUGUGAGGCCAGAGGGUGACAAGUGAUUUGUUUUUCCAAUUCAAUUAAACUUUAUAGAUCGCCUCACCAAAAGGAACGGAGUAACGCAGCGUUAAUUACUGAAUAAAGUAACGGCGUUCCCAAUAACGCGUUACUACCCAACUGUCCACCACUGAUUCUAGCUGUAGCCUCAAAUCCUGUGUGCUCCCAAACUUUGAGGGCAGGAGCCACACCCACACUCUGCUGUCAACAAGGAAGUGAGGAAGGGUGUGUUUCAUUUUCGUAAAGGACGUAACGUGAAAAACACAAUAACCAACAGUCUCAACUAUCAUACUUUAUGAUUUUGGUGGGCUCUAAUCGUAAUUAAAUCUGAUCAGUCUCUGCAUAUUCAUUUUAAAUAUCACUUUUCUGUCUCAUUGACCACUAAACAGCACUGUUAUCAGCCCUGAAUAAACCGAUUUGGGUUUAUUUACUAUGAAUAGUAAAUAACACAAAUAUAAGUGGGUUAUUUCGGGGGUGGCUGCCUCAUUAACAGUGUUAUUAAUCCAGGAUUUUUCUCAAAGCUAAAGAAAAUAUCAGGCUGCAUCUUCCAGUUUGUGAAACAAAGACGUUGGAUCCAGUCGGAGGCCAUCUGUCGUUCUCGUCUGUGAAACCGUGUUAGUCGUCGCAACAGUGUCUUUGCAGCAAAGUCACGGAGAUGAACUCCUAUGAUUAGAUGAGAUGAAAUUGGAAUGAUCUCUUGGGGAAAAUUCACGGCAGUCGAGGAUGAGACACAGAUACAAACAAGAACAAGAGAGAGCGAGGGGGGGGGACACACAGGCGACGUGGAGACACUAAACAUUGAGAGCGUCGCAAAGUAAAGAUUCGUCAAUAUGUGGAAAGUGCAUCGUGAGAAAACGAGUCCGAUUAACGGCUAAAACUGUCAUCAGUGUAAGAAAACGCUGAGAUGAAACACUUAAUCCUGUUAUCUGUGAGUGUUGUGAUACAGUAUCUGUGGGCGGUGUGUCCUAUAGACCCGUCAGCUGAAACACCAUGUUAUGUAAUCUUCAGAGAGCCUCAAACCAGUGAAGCCCUGAGGGACAACUCUCCGGUUAUAGCUGAGGCUGUGGUCACUUGUUUGGAGCGGUGGUGCUUGAAAUCUUUACAGAGGAUCUGGUUCAAUGGCUGCGUGAUUAUAUUAGUCUGGAGAACCACGACUGACCCUGGUGUUUGAUGUCUUGUUAGACCCAAUAAUGUAAGCUGUUGUAUGAGAGCUGUUUGCAGAUUUACAGAACAGUUUUUGCUUGAAUCUGCAGCCAUUUGUAACUGAGGUUAACCCUGGGUUCCUACUAUGUCCGUUUGGGGCGUCAAAUUUGGUGACAGUUCUUAUUUUUCUUCAUAUUAAAAACAAAACAAAACUCUUUGUCACCUUUAGUUCUCCGUCGCUGCAUUUUAGCUCCAUCCACCCUAUUUUGUCUGCAAAUCGGCCAAUAGACUUCCAUUAAAAACAUGUUUUUUGACCUUUUGUUUAUGGCACCAUAACAACAUAUUACAACCUUAUUUAUGCAGUCACUCGAUCACCAGGACUCUAAAUUUUACUUUCCAACAGUGAUACGAGAGUGUUUGAAGGAAUCCGUUAAAGAAUCCUUAUUUUAUUUAUUAUGAACACUUAUCUGCAUGUCCGUUUUGGGGUCAAAAUAGGCUGGAUGAAGCUAAAAUACGGAAAUUGGCACUUCAAAAGGAUUUAAAUGCACCAAAAUUGGUUUUACCUCUCAUUACUGACUUGGCUCAGACUCAUUUUGUAUGGGAACUAUGGAAAUGUUGUGUUUUUUUACCAUUAAAAAUAGAAGUGACAUGGUGCACAGACCGGGCAUAAAAAGGGUUUAACAUCAAAUUUUUUAUUUAUUGUUUUUUUAAUGGACAGGCUGAGGUUGUUUAAGAAGUUUUAGUCGAAAAAAGUGAAAAAAAAUCAGAGACCAAAUCCCAUGGGGAAAAUUGGCAAUUUAAGGCCUGACGUCUCUAUACACCAGACACGAUUUUCUGUUCUUCGGUGAAGGUUAAUUUUGUGAUUAUUUUUGUUGCCGGUUUGUCACUUUCUCAUUGUAGGUUAAUUUAUUAUGGAUUUUUUUUUCAGGUUAGGUUCAUUUUAAUCAAAAUUAUUUAAUUAUCUAAAAAUCCAUUGGAGUUCAUGUACUUUUUUCUAUGACCCUUAAGUCAGGUUUCUUUUUUUUUUUUUUACCCUUUUUUUCUUCAACCGAACUAAGAUGGCCAUCGACUGGAGAUGAAUGACCACCUUGUUCAAUUUUAGUUUACUUGAGGAUUGAGGAUUACUUAAUUUCAUAAGGACCUCUUGGACUGUGGAAGAACACAUGGACUUUUUUCUUGGUUUCUUUUCCUCCCUCUUGUCCAAGUUUUGGAUUAUUCAUUUAAUUGAAAGAAAACCUGUUUAUUUUUUUUUUUAUCACUUUACACCUUAUUUCCUGUUUUAUUUAUUUUAAUACAUUACUUAAACCUUACUUUGUGUUACUGUUUCAUUGAUAUUUUCACAUUCUGGGCUCCACAUACGAACCUACACUCACCGGCCACUUUAUUAGGUAUACCUGUCCAACUGCUCGUUAACACUUAAUUUCUAAUCAGCCAAUCACAUGGCGGCAACUUAGUGCAUUUAGGCAUGUAGACAUGGUCAAGACAAUCUCCUGCAGUUCAAACCGAGCAUCAGUAUGGGGAAGAAAGGUGAUUUGAGUGACUUUGAACGUGGCAUGGUUGUUGGUGCCAGAAGGGCUGGUCUGAGUAUUUCAGAAACUGCUGAUCUACUGGGAUUUUCACGCACAACCAUCUCUAGGGUUUACAGAGAAUGGUCCGAAAAAGAAAAAAUAUCCAGUGAGCGGCAGUUCUGUGGGCGGAAAUGCCUUGUUGAUGCCAGAGGUCAGAGGAGAAUGGCCAGACUGGUUCGAGCUGAUAGAAAGGCAACAGUGACUCAAAUAACCACCCGUUACAACCAAGGUAGGCAGAAGAGCAUCUCUGAACGCACAGUACGUCAAACUUUGAGGCAGAUGGGCUACAGCAGCAGAAGACCACGCCGGGUGCCACUCCUUUCAGCUAAGAACAGGAAACUGAGGCUACAAUUUGCACAAGCUCAUCGAAAUUGGACAAUAGAAGAUUGGAAAAACGUUGCCUGGUCUGAUGAGUCUCGAUUUCUGCUGCGACAUUCGGAUGGUAGGGUCAGAAUAUGGCGUCAACAACAUGAAAGCAUGGAUCCAUCCUGCCUUGUAUCAACGGUUCAGGCUGGUGGUGGUGGUGUCAUGGUGUGGGGAAUAUUUUCUUGGCACUCUUUGGGCCCCUUGGUACCAAUUGAGCAUCGUUGCAACGCCACAGCCUACCUGAGUAUUGUUGCUGACCAUGUCCAUCCCUUUAUGACCACAAUGUACCCAACUUCUGAUGGCUACUUUCAGCAGGAUAAUGCGCCAUGUCAUAAAGCUGGAAUCAUCUCAGACUGGUUUCUUGAACAUGACAAUGAGUUCACUGUACUCAAAUGGCCUCCACAGUCACCAGAUCUCAAUCCAAUAGAGCAUCUUUGGGAUGUGGUGGAACGGGAGAUUCGCAUCAUGGAUGUGCAGCCGACAAAUCUGCGGCAACUGUGUGAUGCCAUCAUGUCAAUAUGGACCAAGCUCUCUGAGGAAUGCUUCCAGCACCUUGUUGAAUCUAUGCCACGAAGAAUUGAGGCAGUUCUGAAGGCAAAAGGGGGUCCAACCCGUUACUAGCAUGGUGUACCUAAUAAAGUGGCCGGUGAGUGUAAGUUAUCACAUUUCAAUUACAAAUCAUGUAGAAUCGACAAUCUUUCCCCUGUGUUACACAUUCAUUAUCCUCUGGAGUUUGUAGUAAGAUUUCACUCUAAGUUUAUCUGCUUUGUAUUUUUGGUCUAAUCAAUGUAAAACAAUCACACUUCCAAUUCAAAUCAGGACUAAAGAUGGUCGUGCUUUUAGCUGGAAGUGGAUCUGCUGGAUCAAACCUACAGACGUGCUUUUUCUCUGCGUUGAAAUCCCCAGUGAAUGUUGGCAGUGUGGGCUGCAGCUGGCCUGGAAAGUGCGGAUGUCUGAGAAAACAGACUCCUAUACCAUUUCAGAGCAGCGUGGUGCCAACUCGGUCUACUUUACAGUGUAGUUAGGAUGCUGCAGGGGGGCUCUGGUUAUGUGAAAAUGUAUUGUCACUCUACAACAUAAAGACCUCAGUUGCUCUUUUGCUUCGUGUGCUGUUCUCGUAAUGUUCCCAUCACGACUCUGCAGCAGAACACCUACAGGACAUGACAUGUUCAUGCUGAUCCCAGGACUGAUUACUUAGCUUUCUGGAGGUCUGCCAGAUGCAGCUCCACCCUCCACCGGCACCUCUGAACAUCCUCGAGCAGACCGUCUGUGUUUUGUCAGUUUUGUCCCCGUGUCAUUCUGGCUGUGACCCUGCGCUGAGAUAAAAGCUCGCUCUGCUCCGUCUCAUCUUUAAUACCGAGUCUCAGCAGCAGGUCAUUAAGUUGAACACCAUCCCUCUCAGCGGAGCAGUGUGCAGCCGACAAGCCGAGCACUAACACACAAGAAUUAGGACGGCGAAAUAUCAACUUCGGCGCCAUCAAGAGGAGCGCUAUUAAAGGAGCAAUUCAACAUUUUCAGACAAAAACAGCCGCUCAGAAAUCAAAGUGUGAAAAGUGGUUUUUAUACUGAGGAGGUAGAUAAAGAGAUCGAUAUCACUCUGAUAACUGUUCGCUUUUAUGAGGCUUGAUCCAGCAGCUGUAGCUUUUAUUAGCUUAACAUAGAGGCAGGAAACAAGGGACAGAGCGGUCUGUUUUAGAGUGAAUAAAAUCUCUGCUCUACUUAACUUCACAUCGCCAUGUCUUGUGUCAGAGUAAAGUUUACAAUUUCAGCUUCUUGUAGAUUCUAGGAAUCAGUUUUCAACGUUGUCUUAUCAUGUCUCUCAUAGCGUUAAAGGUGGUGUAGUCAGGAUCUGAGUUAGUUCCAGUUUUUAGGCGAAAUCUUGAAUGUAAACUCUACCCCUCCCAACAAGUUUUCCCCUCAGCUCCUCCCCUCAAGCCCCGCCCACAAACAGACGCUCCUGCUCGCUCGUAUCGUUCCAAUUAAAUUCAGAUAUAAUGCAGAUAAAUACUUCAGAUCAUUACAAAUGGGGCCCAGUCAAGGUGAAAGUCAAAAGCAUUGGUGCUACUGUAGAUGCCAACAGACUACCAGCAAACACAAUGUUUGCAGGACUUCUACAACGAGGAUAAAGUGACAUAGUCCAGGACCCGAGGGAGGGCAGUUUAGCGAUGGCGCUACAACACGCUACAGCAGGUCCGUUUGACAAGAAACACUUCUGUUACAGACACUUGUCUUACUUUGUUAAAGCGGUUUACCUGUCCAGCAGAAAGGUUACAGGGUCACCAAGAUCCCCAAGCGUCCCCCAUCGUUUAUGUUGACCCGGCUUUGUAGCUCUUGUCCGGUCUACCUCCGUUUUAAGCGCCCGUUAUUCCUCCAGAGUCUCCGGUAUUUACUUUGUUUUCUUGCUUGUGUCGGCAGUCGUGGCCAAAGGAGGAUUCAGACAAUUUUCCGAACUUUCUGGUUGGUUUCUACUGUCCGAUAUUGUAGCACGCUAACUUUGUUUGGGCUCCUGAACGACACGGGGGAGCAGCGUCUGCCUCACAACCAAUCAGGUUAAAGGAGGUGGAGAACGGCUUUGUUUACAGUCAGAAAGAGAAAAUGUUGACUACACAGACAUAACAAAACACAGAGAUAUCAUAAAAUUACCAAAUGUCAUCAAGAACUAAUAACUACUGACUGAUAUUAAAAGCUUUUUUGUAUAUAAACCACAAAAAAGAUGCUCCUUUAACAGAUUCCUGUCUACCCCAUCUUAAAAUCUCUCCUGUCAGAUUAGGAGAGAAAGAUGAGUCCAUAAAAGCCACACUGAAAUGUUUUCCACACAAUGACGACUGUAAACUGAGGAACAGCGAAUUAAAAGACUCUCUCUGGGAUAUUUUGUUGGAUAUAUUGAGCUUUAAUGAAACUAUUCCUUUAUAUUUCUGUGCAAAUUGUGUUUUUGUCGAUUUGGGUUUCAUCUUAUUGAGCUAACAAUGUUUACUGCUGAGAGCGGUCCAGUUUUCUCCGAGUUUAAAGAUUCUUUAAAUGCUUUUUCGUUUCAGGAGACACUCUCUAUUCAGAUUGCUUCAGUAUUGUUUAAAUGUCAUGCAUUGUUAAGACACGGCUGGUGGCGUGUAACUGGAAGUAGGAGGUGUUGUCUGUUACCAGGUAACAGUAUUGUGUGUCUGACGGCUGAAGCGCUGAACGUCGUGUUAUUUUUGGGAGCAGAAAGCUUAAUAACAGUUGCCUGGAAACCUCAGGUGUUCGGAGAAGUUCAUGAAAUCACAGAACAAGAAAACUCGAGUGCAACAAGCUCUGGAUUUAUUAUUUCUCAGUUUGUGUAUCGACUUAGUUUUCAGGGUGAAGGUGAAAAUGUUUUCAAAUCUCUGUUUCGCCCACAGAUUCGGUGGCUCAGCUGAUUCCCGAUGCAGAAUCGCCUCUCCACGAGCGCGUGCAGCAGUACCGUCAGCUACUGGACGGUCUGCCCAUGGACGCUUACACACACGGCUGCAUCCUCCAUCCAGAGCUCACCACUGACUCCAUGAUCCCAAAGUACGCCACUGCAGAAAUACGGAGUAAGUCGAGCCAAAUCCAGAGAAAAUCAUCGAUAUCAACAAAAAAUCAGACGUGAAGUCCAACCAGCAGAUCUGAUUUUGUAAAACAGAAGAUUGUGAACGUAUGCCUCUCAUUAAAAGUCUCAUGAGUUCAUUGUUCCUGAAAACACAGACGAUAAAAAGAGUGAUGUCUGUCUGCUCACAAAAACAGGAACAGUCUGGAGUUCAGACUGAAGCAGCUGAAUCCACCGAAGCGUUCGUAACAUUCAGAGUGAAUCAGAGUUCAUGAAAUCAUCUCGUUCUGUGCAGCAAAGCGACUGAACUCAAUGUGCCGUUCACCAGCAUGUUUACUCAAGUUGAAUAUUUGGAUUUAUGUGUCUUUAAAAUCAGUUUCUGUUUCUAAGAGGUGAACUUUUAAAGACAGACAUGAAAUACUAAAAUAUUUAUACGCUGUCUUUAUUUUGAACCCAUUAUUGAGGUCAUUUUCGAGCUCUUGAGGCUGACUGAACUUCAACUUUAAGGUCAAACUGCUCUGCCAAAGCAAAAACAACAGUGAGCGUUUUUAAUGCAAAGUCAUUAAUCUUCCUCGUUAUGUUUCCAAACCUCCGUCAACAUUUUCCUUCUGUUUCCUGCAGAAUUUGAUCAGCAGAUGCUGUAAUUUAAAGCUACUCAAUACUCAGAAAUCUCUUCAUUCAGCACUUUGUAGUGUCAGAUUUACGCAGCAGAUGAUAGAUUUAACUCGAGCUUCUCUAUCAGGUAAUGGACUCGACAUGUAAAUCAAAGCGAGGUGGACUCGAUCGAGUCCUGCAGCAGAACCGCAGGAUUUAUGGUUUAUAAUCUCAACAUCCCUACUAUCUGUCAUGAUUUGUUUUGUUCAUUUAGUUUUCUCCUGGUUUUGUUAUUUUAGUGUAUUUUCUGGGUGUUCCUGUUCCCCUGUAGUCCAGUCCUGUUAGUUUUCAGUUUGUCUCUGACCCUGUUUCCCUCCUGUUCUCUGUGUUUUAUUCUUUAAAUCAGUUUUCAGUGUUUAUAUCCUGUUUUAUUUUGUAGGAGUUGAUUCCUUCUGUGUCUAGUCUGGUUUUACUUCCCUAGUUUUCCCUCCUUUUGUUGAUCACCCAUGAGUUUCACCUGUUAGUCUCCUUGUGGGUUUUUCCCAGAGCCUUUUUGUUUGUUCAGGAUUUUGCUCCUCGUGUUUUUUCAGUUGGACAUUUUGAGUUAUUGUUGGCCUUUUUCAGGUUGAGUGUUUUUACAUGCUUCUAACUCAGUAAGUCCACGCGACAUUUGAAGGAUUUUAUAAACUCCCCCGGACAGCCCCCCAGAAAAAGGACAUGUCCGGGUAAAAGAGGACGAAUGGUCACCCUAGUUUAACCUUAACCGUGUGACACUAACCUUAUCUCUCACAAUCAGGACUUACUUUAUGAAAAUGAGGACUUACAGGGUCACACUCUGUUUGAUAAUUGUGGCUUUUAAUCUCUUAAUGAAUUCAUGAUUCUCACUUUUAUCUUUAACCUAAAAUUGACUGAAUUCUAAGUUUGACUUUUUAAUGUAAUGAUUAGGAUCUACUUUCUAAUUUCUAGAUUAAAAUACUAAAACUCACCAUACUGCAAUCUCCAUCUGUCGUGUGUGCUUGUUUACAUGCGGGUGGUGGAGCGUUAUAGUAUUAGGACAGCAGCAAUCAGCUGGCUAGUGGCAAAAAGCACGACAGCUUAGGCACAACGUAAGACCAAAAUACAAAGACUAAAAACUCUGACACUGACUAGAAAGAGUGAUAAUGUUUCGUCAUUGAGUGAGAUAAAUAUGUGCAUUUUUACAAACUAUCGCAUCAGUCAGACUUUCAUUUUUCUCGUACUCAAGAUUUAAAAUGUGAGAUUUUUCAUUUUCCUUUUAGUUUUCACUCAGAAACAGAGAAGUUUUCAAAAAUCACAGCCUCUCAUUGUAUUUCUGAACAAGUGUGGCUCAAUAGAGUAAAUAAAGCUUUCACUUGUGACUGGUGUUUGUAGGAUCGAGUCAAAUAAACUACAAUCUGUGUGUGUGUUUGCUAAUGAGGGGAUCUGUCAGUCAGUGUGGCUCAGAGACGUGUUUUUGGACGACAGUGAAGCUCUUUGGCUGAGAGAAAAGACAACAGACCCACCAAACCCAGUUUCAGAAAUCCAGAAAUCAUUUUCAAACUCUGCUAGAAAAAUGUAGAAUUUUUAAAAAGACGAUCGGCUGUUUAAGACGAGUUCUCGACACAAUAACUCCCUCUGCUUUAGGGCUCGGUGGGAGGGCACAGGUGAGAUUGAGCUCUCAGGGCAGUCAGAUAAACGUACGGAGGAUUAAACUCACUGAUCCCUAAAGUGUCUGCUCUGUAAAAAAACACUGGAGUAUUUUAAAAUAAGUGAACCGACAGUCUCAGUUAAACUUGUCUCUGAUUUCCUUUGCAAAAAGUUCUAAAUAGUAAAUUCAGUAUUUACAAUAUACCAGAAAAAAAACUACAUUAUCUAGAUUUUCCAAAGCAAACAUGUCAAAAUGAACGUGUUUCAUACUUAACAGUAUAUAAAGACAUUGUUUGUGUGUCAUUUGUGUGUUUGUGUGUGUGUGUUCAGGACACCUUGCCAAUGCUGCGACAGAGCUGAUGAAGUUGGACCAUGAGGAGCCUCAGCUGACAGAACCGUACCUGUCCAAGCAGAAGAAACUCAUGGUGAGAUCAUGUUUCCAUUUAAUUACAUGUAAAAAUAAAAAUAAAGUGGAAAUUUUAUGGAGAAAUAAAAACGGCUUCAAAUCCGUAUACAGGCAGAAGGCGGAGCCAAGUUGUCCGUAGUUUAUACAGUCUAUGUCAGCACUUUAUCUUUUUAACGUUUUUGUCUGUUUUUCCAGGCAAAAAUCUUGGACCACGAUAAUGUGAAUUACUUGAAGAAAAUUCUGGGUGAGUUAGCGAUGGUUCUAGAUCAAGUGGAGGCUGAACUGGAGAAAAGAAAACUAGAGUAUCAAGGUAAUUAAGAGUAAAUAUCAUCAAUCACUGUGACGACAAAUCCUUCCAGGAGUGUCUUCAUGCGAGGUUUUUUUCUCCCUCCUGCAGGUCAGAAGUGUGAGUUGUGGCUUUGUGGACCUGAAUUUACACUAGCUGAUGUCUGCCUCGGAGCCUUGUUGCACAGGCUCAAGUUCUUGGGACUUUCUAAGAAAUACUGGGAGGACGGCAGCCGACCCAACCUGCAGUCCUUUUUCCUGCGCGUGCAAAAACGCUACGCUUUCCGGAAGGUCUUGGGUGACAUCCACACGACGCUCCUGUCGGCGGUCCUACCCAACGCCUUCCGGAUGGUAAAAAAGAAGCCGCCGUCCUUCUUCGGGGCCUCUUUUCUCAUGGGCUCGCUGGGAGGGAUGGGCUACUUUGCCUACUGGUUUUUAAAAAAGAAAUACAUGUAGUGAAUGCCCUCUUGUUGUGUUAAAUGUCUGUGUAUUUGUGUGAUGUUUCAACUUUUCUGUAAUGUUUUAUGACUGCAGGAAAACAUAAUGAAUCUAUAUAGAGAACACUAUUACUUACCUGGGUGAACAAAGAAUAUUAAAACAUUCCAUAAUAAGAAUCCUUGACAGCACAUUUUCUGGUAAUCAAGGCCUUCAUCCAGUUUUCUUUUCUGGCGACCUGCAGCUCUCGAGCCGGCGGGUUUUUGUUUCACUUCAGUUGGAGGCAUGCAUCAGGUCCACGUGUACUGAAACUUAAAGUAGAAACCCAGAAAUGUUAAACACAGUAACACCGACAAGGGGUUAACUGACCUUCGCAUGCCACUAUUAUAGUCAUUACUCAUCAUCGUUACCUGCUCCUCACUCCUCCACCAGCCUGAGGUUUCACCGGUCAAAAAACCGCAGGAGCAAAGACUCUCUGAUAAGUGCUGUGCUGCCAGAAACUGCCACUCGAAACUUUAGAAGGAUGAAGGCGAACAGAAGAGGGAUAGUUUGACAUUUUAGGAAAACGCUCACUUUGCUUUUUUCGCAGAGAUUUGCAUUCUUAGAUCGAUACCGCUCUCACGUCUGUCCCUUUUAGAUAUGACGCUUUAGCUGGGAAGCUAAAAACUGAACAUUUUAGGUGACUAAAUCUGCCGACCAGCACCUCUACAUGCUGAAAAUGAAGGUAGAUCUAAUGUUUGAGCCACUGGUGAUCCUAGACCUACCUAAAUAUCUCUCUGUUUAUAUGUAAGGGUUUAUUCUAAGGAGACCAGACAUGUUUAAGAAAAAUAUACAGCACUUGUGAAAACUUAACUCGAUAUUAUAUCAGAUCCUUUUAAAUUCCACAGGAAACAACUAUUUUCCCCAUCUAUCUACUUCUCGUUGAAAAUAUUUGAAUUUUCCAGGUGUUUUUUUUUAGUUUCUAUUUGGAUGAGAAAAUAUCUCUUUUUCAUGUUAAUUUUGGCAGAUAUUUUUGAUUUAGUCUUCGUCUUUGGAAUAAAAGUUCUGUCAGUUUUAGUCCUAUUUUAGUCAGUUUUGCCCUCAUGUGUCUGUUCUGUAAAGUUUUAGUGAAGAAAAAGUCAAAACAGUUAAGUUGAUAAAGGUUAAAACAUUUUAGUCGAGUUUAAGUCAGUUACAUUAUAAUAAUUACAGUGAGCUUAAACUUUUUCUCCGGGUUCAUGUGCAAGUUUGGAAAGUAUGGAGGUAAAUUUGAUCAGUUUCCAAAAAGUCUUAAAAAGUAUGAAAAAAUAUUUGUGUUUCCAGACUUUUACUAAAGUUCACAAAUACUGUCUUUUAAAAUAGAAAAGUAGGUUUUUCCAAAAAUAAUUCUAAAAAAUUAGGAUGUAGAAAUUCCAACUGCGUAGAAACCCUGUUUUCUGUUUUCAAACUAAGUCAAUCAGUUAAUAAUAAGAUAAAUAAGACUCUUUAUAGUCAAAUUGUCUUUGUUCUUUUUUGGUCUCUACCUGAUAAAAAGCUGCAUCACAGCUGUUGUUGUGAACUUUUAAUGCAGUUUUCUGAUGCAGAUAGACAGGAAUCAGUAUGGAAGCAAUUUGAUCAAUUUCCAGGUCUUGAAAAGUAUGAAAAUGAAAAAUAAAGUCUGGGAAAAUAUUGAUGUUAACAGAAUAUAUUACCACAGUUAAAAAAAUACUGUUUUCUAAAAUAGAAAAGUAGGUAUUUCCAAAAAUAAUUCUAAAAAGUUAGGUAUGGAAAUUCCAACUGUGUAGAAACCCUGUUUUCUGUUUUCAAACUAAUUAAAAACACAGAUAAGAGUCUUGAUAGUCAGUCUUUCGUGUCUUAAAGAACUUCUAAAGGAUUUAAGAGGAUCUGAUUUCUGACUCACAGCACGUUUAUGUUUUUCUUAAAGUUGUCUUUGCAUCACAGCUGUUGUUGUGAACUUUUAAUGCAGUUUUCUGAUGCAGAUUGACCCAAAUGAAGAAAAAACCACAUAAUUCCACGAUCACAUAGAGCAAAGACAUAAACAGACGACAAAAUAAGUGAUUUACCUUAUCAGGAUUUUCUUCUUAACCCUCAGGACUUUGAAUAUUGUAAACCAAACGUUUGUUACCCCGGCUGAAAUCUAGUGCGUAUUAAUCGGACAGAUACUGAGUGAUAUCGAAUCCAACUCUCUGUGAAAAUCCAGAAAACAGUCCUAAAGCAGUGGAACUAUUCCUUUAUCUGAGUGUACACCCUCCACACACACAGUCAAACCCACAUACUAACAGUCACACACAGUCACACACGUGCGCUCAGAGUCAGAUUACUUCACAGAUCUCACACUGCUCCACUCUCACUCUCUGAAGUUCAGGCUGUUUCUCAAAGUUACACUCGGCUGAUCUGCUGGUUCGAUUGUAAAUUCUGCGUCUUCGGCACAAUCGUGUGUUUCUGUAGGUUUAGGAUGUAGAUUUUAAUGCAUGUUUUUUUUUUUUUCUUAUCGUGUAAUAAGCGUUUUGUGAUCGGUGGAGGGUUUUGUGUCGCCCAGAGGCAGAAUUUAUGAUCCCGACCCGAAACAGACCGCUAUAGACGGCCAGUUCAACCAGUAAAAACACUAAAUCAAGAAAAAGUGAGAAAAAAGUUACAAGAAAGUCACAAUUAUGGGAUAAAAAGUCACGAUAAAGGAGUUAAAUGUGAGAAUUAUGAGAUUUGACUUUCUUGUAAUUUCGACUGUUUUCUCAUAAUGUCAUAUAAUCUCAUAAUUAACACUUUAAUUCUAAAACUUUGACUUUUUAUCUAAUAGAAAAGGACUUUAAUUACAAAAUUCUUACUUUUCAUUUAUUUUUAAAAUGACUUUUCUACCACUUUUGGCUUUAAAUCGUAUCAUUUGGACUUUCUAUCUGAUAAUUAAGACUUUUUAAUCUCAUAAUUUACGUUUAUGGUCCCAUAAAUUUGACCCUGACUCAUAACUUCUACAUUAAGACUGACUCUUUACUCAUUACUAUGACCUAUAAUAUCAUAAUACAAACGCAUAUUUUUUACUUUUCAUGAAAAUAUUCCCACUUAAUUUAGAAUUCAACCAUUCCUCUGAUUUAUUGUCCAAUUACGACUUUUUUUGCUCAUAUUCUGACUUUUUAUCUCAUUAGGAUGCCCCUCUUUUCAUACAUCUACAUUAUAGUACCUAAUUAAGACUUUUUGACUCAUUAUUUGGACUUUUUAUCCCAUAACUUGAAUAUUUAUCUCAUAAUUCUGUCUCUUUUCUUAUCCCUCUGACUUACUGUUUCUCAUUUAGACUUUUUUGCUCUUAAUCUGACUUUUUAUCUCAUAACGAUGCCCCUUUUUUCAUACGUCUAAUUAACAGUAUCUAUUCUUGACUUUUUGACUCAUUAUUUUGACUUCUUAAUCACAUACUUAUCUCACACUAAUGCCUCUUUUCUCUUAUUUUUCCCGUCUUUUACUGGUUGAAGUGUCCCUCUGUAGUUCUUGAAUUUUCUGCUGCUAACUGUAAUCUCUGAGUCAGCUGCACUCAACCGUGUUUCACAGACAGUCCCUCAGCAAUACUGAGCGUAGAAACACCUCUGCCGUUUGUUCGUGUCGCCGACUCCUCCUGACAGAUGCAAGAUUGUUUUUACAGAUAGAUAUUUUUAAUUAAACGUUGUCUCGUUUAUUUCCAGCUAAAUUUUUAAAGAGGAAUUAAGAGGAACAGGAGGGAGGGAAGCUGAUUCAUCUGAAGAAACAGCCUUCCACUUCCUGUCUUGUUGUUUGUUGUGUAUUUUCCUCGCUCCACACUCUGUUCACCCUUAAUGGGAGCCUUUCAGGUGGUAGGACGAGUUAUAACUCAGCUCCUGAAGCGUACGCUCUCUCUUUUGUUUGAACUCAUUAUGUGAGGCCGGAGUUUUAAGCUGCUUUAGGUUUUACGGCUGGUUAUACAGACAUUCCUGCAGUAAGGACUCGCACUCAUUAAAGGGGAUAAGUGUCGAGCCUCGGACAAUGAAGGCGAUUUAUUUCCUCCUGUCUGUGCAGCAGUGGCAGAAAAACGUUGAACCAAAGACGACGAUCAGUUCUCCUUUAACAGCAGCGUCACACGGCUGCGUCACACCUGAUGAUGAUAAAUCAGAUUUUAUUUAAGAAAAAGAGGGUUUAGAUUCCUAGUGAGCGUGCGAUAUAGCCAUAUAGAUGUAACUCUUUCAAAUCAAUCCUUUAUGCCUGGAAAGAAGAUAUUUAAGAUUUGUGCGUUAAAGGAAACAGGGAAAUAUUUUGGUUUUCUGUUCUUGCAUGAGCAGCGGUGAUGUAAAUGGCACAAAAGAGAAGUUUUAGAAAUAUAAACCUGAUUUUUUUUUCAAGUUUUGAAGAAAGCAAGAGGUCGUAGAAGUGUACAGAACUAUUUUCUGUUGUGUUUUACCCAUACGAAUGUUUUUGAUGUUGAUUUCAGACACUCAUCUAUUCUGUUGAUUUAUCAGAAACCAGUCAACAUACUCCGUAACCAGCUGAUCGUUGUAAACACUCGGUAAAUUCAGAUUACUGCGAGCACACCUGUAACGACUCCACCGCUUCUUCUGACUGAAAUAACGCAACCCGAGGGGGACGGACACGCAGAGGUCAAGUCGAGGAAUCCUAGUUGUGAUUUGUGGCCAUUCUCUCUUUCACUAUAGUAUUUUUUUAUUUUUUAACUUUUUAUUUUUUAUAUUUCUAUAUAUGCAUUUAUUUAUGGUGCUUUUUAUGAUGUUUGUUCAUAAGCCUUAAUUUAUUCAGUUGCCAUCAAUGACAAAUAAAUACUGAAAAUGGAAUACACA